AUUUUCCACUCCCUUUUAUUUGUUAAAAACCAGUGAAUUCAGUACAGAGUUAUUGUUUAGUGAAAUAACAUGCAUUUUGUUAAAAUUCUUUUGAUGUUAUCCAUAGAUAUGUACAUACAUAAGUGAAGUGCAGUGACUAAAAUAAUUUUCUUCUGUAUAUGUUCAAGGGGAGGAGACGUAAAAACACAUCGACUCCCUUUGCAGGAAAUUAUAUUACGAAAAUACCACCUCCUUAAAUUUAGUAGAAAUGAAAAAAGUGAAGACAAUAAUAGAGGGAGAAACUGAGGAUGAUGAAGGCAAUAGAUCUGAAAAGAGCGAAUGUUUUUUUGCGGUUAAGGAUACUGCAUUGGGUCUUGCUCUUAAAGAUGUUCCAGCGAAAACCAAUGAACGUCGCGCAAGUACAGAUUCGGCAAAAUCUACUAAUAGCACACAAAGUAAUAAUUCUGAUAUACAACAACACUUACAAUCAAUGAUUGAUCUACUUUACCCGGAGGAAACCUUGAAGAUGGCUGUUAAAUUAGAAUCCCAACGUCCGAAUCGCACAAGGUAUCUUGUGAUUGUAUCACGUUGUUGUUACCGCCCCACAACCACCGAUCGAAAAACUAAAAUAAUGCGACAUAAUUCGACUAAAGCGAGCAACGUCAUAGCAUCGGCGAAUAUCGUUACUAUGCGUCAAUCGUCAACGGAUAGUAUUAAGCGUACGCCACAACAGCAACAGUCACAAACGGAGUCAAGUAGUGGCGGUGAGGAGUCGACGGAUGCACAAGAGAAGCAAUACUCCAACGCAUCUAUAUCUACGAAAGCAACUCAACGGCAGAGCAUGAAAAGUGAUACAGCAGAAAAGAUCAGUGCCUCAGGCGAUAGUAAAGCAUGCGAGGAUGGUGUCGAAGAAUCCUGUCUAUUGGGCAUUGACUGUAAUGAGCGUACCACAAUUGGACUAGUAUUGCCCAUACUUGCCGAUACCACAAUACAUCUCGAUGGCGAUGGUGGUUUUAGCGUGUCAGUUUAUGGUAAAACACAUAUUUUCAAGCCUGUUUCUGUGCAAGCUAUGUGGUCCGCAUUACAAACAUUACAUAAAGUAUCGCAAAAGGCUCGUGAGAAUAAUUUUUAUCCGCGUGGUCCAUCGCACGAUUGGACAUCUGAUUAUGAUAGCCAUAUCGAGUCGGAGCAGUCUUGCCUGAAUGAGUGGAAUGCAAUGGAUUCAAUAGAAAGCCGACGUCCUCCUUCGCCAGAUGCCAUAAGAAACAAACCAACAGCAAAGGAGGAAACGGAAAGUGUUAUAAAAAUGAAGUUGAAGGAAAUUAUGAUGUCAGUGGAUUUAGAUGAGGUUACCUCAAAAUAUAUACGUGGUCGACUUGAAGAACUGCUUGAUAUGGAUUUAGGCGAGUUCAAGUCCUUUAUCGAUGCAGAAAUGUUGACCAUACUUGGUCAGAUGGAUGCCCCAACAGAGAUUUUCGAUCAUGUCUAUCUUGGUUCGGAAUGGAAUGCCAGCAAUUUGGAAGAGUUGCAAAAAAAUGGUAUACGCCAUAUUCUUAACGUAACUCGGGAGAUCGACAAUUUCUUCCCAGGUGUAUUUGAUUACUUUAAUGUAAGAGUAUAUGAUGAUGAGAAAACGAAUUUGUUGAAACACUGGGACAACACAUUUCGUUACAUAACUCGUGCCAAAUCGGAAGGCUCUAAAGUACUGGUCCACUGUAAAAUGGGUGUCAGCCGAUCGGCAUCUGUGGUAAUCGCCUACGCCAUGAAGGCAUAUAACUGGGAAUUCAAGCAUGCACUGCAACACGUUAAAGAGCGUCGCAACUGCAUAAAACCGAAUAAAAAUUUCCUCAAUCAAUUGGAAACAUACCGCGGCAUGUUGGAUGCCAUGAAGAAUAAAGAGAAACUGCAGCGCAGUAAGAGUGAGACGAAUUUGAAAAGCACAAAAGACGCGCGUCUUCUGCCUGGCAGUGAGCCCACACCACUCAUACAGGCGCUUAAUCAAUCGAAAUCGAAGACAACCGGAGGCCAUGACGAUGUUAGCUGUGGUGAUAACGUUGCGGCAUGUACCGAUGGCGACAUUUUGAGUGGCAAAAGUGUUGGACGAUCUAAAGUUUCAGCCGCCAUUAAUAGUGGUGGCACAAAUGAAGCGAAGCAACGUCGCCUGGUGCGUCGGUCCAGUAGCACAUCACCGCAGGCGGUGCCACACGUGCCACACAUAACAGUAGUAAUUAAACAGCAGAGUCAAUCGUUGGAAAAUCUAACACCGGAGCGUAGUGUGGCAGAGGAGCCGAAGAAUAUGCGCUUUCCCGGAAGUAACGGUGAAAAUUAUAGUGUUACACAAAAUCAAGUGCGCCACAUACAAAAGAAUGUACAACCACCGCCACCUCCACCGCCGCCGCCACCAACAACGGUUUCACAACAUCAGCUACAACAAAAGAAACAGAAACAGCAAAUAGCUUCGGUACGCACUCGUGUGAAGGAUCUGGAGACACAUACGAAUAUACGCAAGACGGCAGACGAUCGUAGAUCGCUUAACUUGCAAUUCGGUCGAUCGGUAUCGCACGAUACUGGCACAGCAGUAACACGUGUGGAAAUGUUGCCUUGUUAUGGCGGCGAGGGCACAAUUCAAACUGAGCACAGUCCCGUUUGGACAUCGUCUGCAAAACUCAUUACACAGACAUCCAACUUGAAAACGGCUGCAGAGAUUGGGGGUGGCGAUGAGGGAAUUGUACACAAUAAAUCGAAUAUGUGUCCUGAAACCGCCAAUGUAUCUGACGAUAUUGCAAGUAACGCAAUGGAUGCAUCCCCAACUGAGCCUAUAAAGGCGCAGCAAUUCAAAGUGGACAACAGACGUCAUAGCCGCAAAACUCAGUCGUGGACUGCGAUCAGUGGUACAAGUGACUUGAGCGGCGGCAGCAGAAGCGGCGGUAUAGUUUUAGAUCGUCUCAACGUUCUGGGUGCCGGUACGAGUGCCAGCAGUUGUGGUACCAGCAAAUUGGGCUCUAAUAGCAGUAUUGAUUCGAUCUCAUCGAGCGUCGCAUCUUCGACGACUACAACAUUUGAGGAGCGAGUGAUAACUCGUACCCAUAGGCAUCGGGAUUUGCCCUCACGGCAUGCCUCCUGGGGUUCAGGAGACACGAGAGGCGCUGUACCAGUACGAAAUAGUUCCUGGUCAGCAUACGACAGCAAUCGAAACUCUUGUCAGUAUGGCGGCGGGGCAAUACUCGAGGGGCAAAUACAUGAACUUAACAUCAAUAAGAGCAAUAAGACUGUCACACAAAAUUACCAGAGUGGACCGAUGCAAUAUCAGCAUCAACACCAUGUGGGCACGGUGAAACGCACUAAACAGAAAUUGGAACAAUGCGGAAGCGCUGGCAACAGUCAUACACUGAAGAAAUUGUGUUCAGAAAAUGGUGAGCGUUUGACGGAUGAAACCACAGUAGCUAACAGUGCAAAGCGCAUUGCCAAAGGUGCAAUUAAUUUGUUUCGAAGCGCUUCAGCUGCUAGUUCGACACGCACUCGCUGUCCUCCAUAUCGCUGCAAUAGCGUUGAAAUUGUGCCCGGCGUUACGACGCCUUCUACAGGCAGUAGCAAUGCUGUUGCAGACGUAUUGGCAUGCCAGAUGGUUAUGCGUCGGAGCGACGGAAGCCGACCGCUCAAUAAUGACUUAUUUUCGGCUUCCUCCGCUCCUGAAUCGUACACAAUAUCCGAUAUAGAAAAUAAAAAUAUGUUACCACCCGUAUCGGACAACGUCACAACUGUAAUACCCGGCGUGGAUGAAGAUGAGGAUGCAGUGUUAAUGCGCGAAAAUAUUGGCAGUGGAUCCAACACUGCUGAUCAACGUAUCUCCGGUUCUGUGCAAAUACUCAAAAAAAGUUUUGAGGCGAAAGCGGGCAGUGGUAAUAGUGGUGGCACCGCUGGCAGUGGAAACGUAUUACAAGUACAAACUGCAGUGUUGCCUGCGAAGAAAGGUCAUCACUCAUUGCCUUCUUCACCAGUAGCGCAGCAUAUAGAACCACAUCAAGCCCGCCAACACAAUCCACAAAUCGCAACAUUGACUGCAGCAAUUUCAUCAACAGCUUCUACAACACAUAGUCUCAACACAGCGCCACUGUGUGAGAGUGAAAUAGCUGCUGAAAUUGUUGACAUGUCCUCUAAUAUCACAAGCACUAUAAACACUACAACACAGUCGAUAUAUACGCCCGCCUCUACUGCAUCAACGACAAUGUCAGUAGCAUCGUCUUCUUCAUCUACGUCGUCUUCGUCGAGCAUGUCUGACCCUUAUGUUGAUCGCAACGUUAAGGUGCUGGUGCAUAAAUACCAAACGCCUACUGCGCUCGUGCCCACAAACAAGAAUGAAUGUCAAGUGGGCGCUAACCCGAUAUCUUCAAAUAUGUCCUCAUCAUCUCCUUCAUCCUCCUCCUCAUGUUCAGUACCAACAACACUUGCGUCCCUUGCUACUUCCAUCGGUCAUUCGAAACCCCGCCGUCAUUCCUAUUAUGAAAGUGGUGGUAAUGCGUCGCACAAAACUAUGUCGAUGGGCAGCAGUAGAACUGGUGGCGGUGGCGGUGGCGGCGUCAUUGGCAGUCGCUUGUCACACGAAUAUAGUGAUAGUAGGCCACCGCCUGCACCAGCAAAAGCACCACAAUCGUCACAUAGUAAUAAUUCUCAGACGCCAUUAGGAGACAAUACGCAACAGCCACCACAACAACAGCAGCAGCAACAACAACAUCAUCAGCGUCGUUUGCAACAGCAUGGCCGCACGCAUCCACUCAGCAGGCUAACGUUACCAAAACAGAGCUUCAAUACAGCUGCUUACAAUACCAUGUAGAUUAUAUCAGCGAUGUCUCACCGUCCCCUUUACCAAAAUUCUGUGUUUGGUGUACUCUCAAUUGUAUAAUGUUGUAAAAGCACUUCUUCACAAUGACACCCCAAAAAACGCGAAAAACUCAUACACACUCACUUUAUCAUUUUGGUGCACUAUUACUAGCCCGAUAUUUUUUUCAGUUUAAAACUAAUAUAAUACUGAGUGUUUAAUAUCUGAGCACAAUUUAUAUGCUCAUUUAAUCAUAAUUUUUUUUGCUUUUUUUUUUUGCUUCGUUUCCCGCGCAACCGCUUCUCUGCAUUUCUAAGCAUUUUCUAACCAAUCCCUAAACUAUAUAAGUAUUUUUCUAAAAGGAAAAUUGUUUUGGCUGUUUGCAUUUCUAAAAUAAUUCUUUAUUUUGAUAUUGUCCACUGCCAGCGCGACAAAAAAAAUUGUCUUCCGAUUAAAAAGAGUUUAACUUUAAUCGACAUGCAAAUAAACUAAAUCGCAAAAAUGAAAUUUAAGUUCAAGUGCACUUCAUUAUUCAUAGGAUAGGAAUAUAAAAAAAAUUAUAAUUUUAAUUAUUAGUAUUCUAAAUAUUUUGCAUUUGCUUUGCCUCGAUAUGACUUUUUACUAUAUUUUCUUCGGUGAAGUUAUUUUACAGAAUAUUUUCGACGUGUGUGUGUGUGGGUAUUUCAUGCUAUUUCACAUUAUAUCUCCCGCUCACAAUAUUACUAAGCACGCUAAUUUCUUUUUAUAGUUCGUUCCACAGCUUGACCAUAAACUUUGAUAAUAACAUAAAAAAAUAUUAGCGCUGCAAUGUACUGAUGUCUUUAUAUACAUACAUACAUAUAUUCAUUGCUAUUUUAUAUUUUUAUUCAUAUCCAAGCUAUACCUAAAUAUCUCAUGCCAUUAUCUUUUCCAUGUACCGACUUAUUUUAUUUGUAUUAUUAUUAUAUGCUGAUUUUAACUAAAUCAUAAUUAUUUAUAAACUUAAAGAUCGCAUUAGAAAUUGUAAGGAGCCGUUUUUAUGUAUGUACUACUACGUAGCGCUUUUUACCAUUGCCGUACUGUAUUUGUAUAUUAAUUAUAAGCAUUUGCAACAAAUUCGGCACGACUCACCAAUAAAACCAUACAAAACAACUUUAUCCUACACUACA